CCUCACACGCAGGGUGUGCAGAGAUGCCCAGACCGAGGUCCAAGGAGAGAGACAUGCACACACACAGAGACAGCCAGAGACCCACAGAGAGAGAAAAGACAGAGAUUCCUAGAAAGACUUGCAAAGAAAGGGGAAAUGGAGAGGCCGAUGUGCACAAAGCACAUCAGAGACCACCAAACAAGGCAGAAAUAGGGACUUAAAGAGGGACAAGGCAGAGACAUAGAGGAAGACACGGAGGCAGAGCCAAAGAAAGACAUAAAUGAGGUCACACGCAUUCAUAUGCCAGUAGACAGAUUUACAGAAAUUGACAGAUUCACCCCCGGAAAUGCAGAGACAAAAAUGCAUGGGGAGACACAGGGAGUGAAAACACAGACUCAGAGAGACCCAGAGAGACAGCCCCUGGAGAAAUGCCCAGAAAAAGAAACAGAGAUGAUACGCAGGGAGAGACAGAGACAUUGAGAGGCAGGAGGGGCGGCUGGCUCCCUUAGGGUUCAAGGUCGUGGUCGGCUGUGGGUAAGGGGAAGGGGGGCAGGAAUACCCAACAGCUCAGUGUCAGAUGAAGGUGGGGGAGUGUGAGGUCGCGGGCCUGACACCACACCCUCUCCCCUCCCCCGACCCACACCUGCUUCCCGGCUUUAGCGCCUGUUGUCACCAGGAUGGAAUCCUGGUGGCAGACAAAGUGGUGGGGGUGGGAGGGGGUUGACAGAGACAGAGACACACAGGUGGAGGGUCCCAGAGACAAAAGAGAGAUGGACAGUAUCAGAGAUGCAGAGAGGCCCGAAGAGACACAGAAACCGGGACAAGAGCCUUAUAAGAGGAAGCACCCCUUGUGCUCUUUUUGUUAGUAAGUAUUCUCUGAGGACCUACUGUGUGCCAAGCCCAGGGACUUCAAAGCAUCGGGUUCAGCGUGCUGUAAGGGAGGUGGGGAGUCCGGAGGUUGGAGGUCACCUGACCCAGUCUAGGUUCAAGGCCAUGCUGAUGGGGUGAAGGGGUCCCUAGACCCCCAGGAGGUGCCAGGAUCCUGAAUAUGCAGCCAAAGAGGGGGCAGGGCAGCCUCUGAGCUGGACUCUGGGUCUGAGAGAGGAAUUCUCAGGCCCUCCCUCUCCCCUGGGGGGCGGGGCUGAGACUCCACUAUAAACCGGGGGUGCUUCCACUUGCUGGGUCAGCAACAGAUCUGCCCUGCCCAUUUGCUCACCGACUCUGCAGACUCAGCCUUAGGUGACACAGGAUGUCGGACACCGAGGAGCAGGAGUAUGAGGAGGAGCAGCCCGAAGAAGAGGAGGCCGCGGAGGAGGAGGAGGAAGCCGCCGAGGAGCCGGAGCCCGUGGCAGAGCGAGAAGAGGAGCGCCCCAAACCAAGGCCUGUGGUCCCUCCACUGAUCCCCCCCAAGAUCCCAGAAGGGGAACGUGUGGACUUCGAUGACAUCCACCGCAAGCGCAUGGAGAAAGAUCUGCUGGAGCUGCAGACGCUCAUCGACGUGCAUUUUGAACAGCGGAAGAAAGAGGAAGAGGAGCUCAUUGCGUUGAAAGAGCGCAUUGAGCGGCGCAGAGCUGAGAGAGCUGAGCAGCAGCGCUUCCGAACGGAGAAGGAGCGUGAGCGUCAGGCUAAGCUGGCGGAGGAGAAGAUGCGGAAGGAGGAGGAAGAGGCCAAGAAGCGAGCUGAGGAUGACGCUAAAAAGAAGAAGGUUCUGUCCAAUAUGGGAGCCCAUUUUGGGGGUUACCUGGUCAAGGCAGAACAAAAGCGUGGUAAGCGCCAGACAGGUCGGGAGAUGAAACUACGUAUCCUGUCUGAGCGUAAAAAGCCUCUGAACAUUGACCACAUGGGAGAAGACCAGCUCCGGGAGAAGGCCCAGGAAUUGUCGGACUGGAUCCACCAGCUGGAGUCUGAGAAGUUUGACCUGAUGGAGAAGCUGAAGCAGCAGAAGUAUGAGAUCAACGUGCUGUACAACCGCAUCAGCCAUGCCCAGAAGUUCCGGAAGGGGGCAGGGAAGGGCAGAGUUGGAGGUCGCUGGAAGUGAGGCCCCGGAGCCAGAGCCUGAGCCAGAGCCUCUGGGGCAUGGAUCCCAUCUGUGGUUGAAAUAAACACGCCCCCUGCAGGCCA